AUGAAGUGGCUCAACCUCCUCCCCAUAGCCUUAGGGCUAGCCCACGCAAGCAUCAUCUCCUUCUCCCCCCCAACCAAUCCGGACAUCAUCUACAGCCUCACCAUCCCCAACACCACCACCCUCUCCACCCCAGGCCCAAUCUACGUCCAAAUCACGGCCCCAACCUCCAUCCAAUGGGUCGGCCUAGGCCAAGGCGCCCAAAUGACCGGCGCUAACAUGUUCGUCCUAUACACCUCGUCCUCGACCAAAAUCACCCUCUCCCCGCGCUCCGGCCUGGGCCACUUCGAACCCCAAUACACAAGCAACACCCAAAUCACCAUGCUCCCAGGCACCGGCAUCUCCACCAUCAACUCCACCACCGCCGCCCUCACCAACAGCAGCUCCCCCUCCUCCGAUAACACCAGAACAACCAUGACAGCCAACUUCCGCUGCGACAACUGUCUCACCUGGCAAGACGGCACCGGCACCAUGAACCCCAAGGACACCAACUUCCCCUUCAUCUGGGCCUACCGCGCCGGCGUACCCAUCAACUCCGCCGCCAUGGACGCCGACAUCUCCAUCCACGACGACAUGGGCGGUAUCCAAGUCGAUCUCACUCGGGCCGGUAUGCCACCUCAACCCAACGACACCACAUCCCCAGACAGUAGUAGUAGUAGCAGCAGCAGCAGCAGCAGCAGCAGCAACACCACAAACCCCUUCGCCAACUACAACCCACUCACCGACUCCAUCCCCGCCCAAUCCCCUACCACCAACCCAUCCACAACCUCCUCCCCGCUUCCAAACCUCACCAAAAUGACCCAUAUCCUCAUCUCCCACGCAACCCUCAUGGCCCUCUCCUUCGUGCUGUUCUACCCGCUCUCCGCCCUGCUCAUGCCCCUGCCCAUCUCCCUCCCCAUCUCAAAAUUCAGACUGCAUAUGCCCCUCCAGUUCUUCACUAUGCUUAUGACCCUCGCGGGCUUCGGAUGCGGCAUCUACCUUGCCUAUGAGACGGGGCAGUUGCGCACGGCGCACCCGAUCCUCGGGAUUAUUGUCGUCGGGGUGUUGGUGCUGUUCCAGCCGGCUAUGGGCUGGUUGCAGCAUUUUGGUAUAGACCACCAAAGAUGA